CUCAUCUCAAUAAUCAUAUACAAUUCCAUCAUUUUCCUCAAAAAAAAAAAAAAAAAAAACAAUUCCACCAUUUUAUUAUUAUUUAGUUAUUUUCUGAUCAACACGUGUCAGAUGUAAGGUCGAAGAAGCCCAAGCCACCUUUUACCUUUACUUUGGAUAUUUGAUUUGAUUCUUUAAUUGAAAGACUAUUAUUGUGUAGUUUGUUGUAUAAUGUUGUUGCUUUACUGCUUCUCUCUCCCCUCCCUCCUCUAAUCAUCCACACAUAAUAUAUAUAUUUAUAUAUAUUCUCUUUCUACUUCGCGUGAUCAUAUUUCAUACCUAGGAGCUUUACAAGCAAAGCUAAACUGGGUUUUAGCCAUAAUCUAUGACUUCACAAGCUUUUGGCUUCUGGGCUUUCAUCUUUCAUUACGUAUGAAAAGUAUCCACUCAGAGAAGAAACUAAUUAUCAGUAUAGAAUAGCAGAAUUUUGGAAAGUUCAACAAUGGAUGUACAAGGAAUAACUUGGGUUGGGAAUGUAUAUGAGAAAUUUGAAGCUAUGUGCUUAGAGGUGGAAGAAAUUAUGUACCAGGAUACAGUCAAAUAUGUUGAGAAUCAGGUGCAGACUGUUGGGGCUAGUAUGAAAAGGUUUUAUUCAGAUGUAUUGCAAGAUUUGCUUCCACCAUCUUCCUUAGAUUCUGAGAAAAUAUCACCAUGUGGUUUUAUUAUUGAACAAGAUUCUGGUGAACGAAAUGGUAGAAAACCAAAUGUAAUGAAGAAAAAAGAGCAUGCUAAGGCUGAUGAUGAGCAGUUAACUAAGACAUCAAAGAUAACUCCUGAUAUUGGCGAAGAUGUUGGCCUUGCACCAUCUUUUCAUGUACGUGAUGAUGUAGAUGAUUCAUGUAGACCUUCUGAGGAUUGUGUAAAAGGCGUAUAUUCUGAGUUGGGUUCAAGACGACAUCUUGAUGAGCGCAAUACUUCAAACAUGGGUGUUAGUCUAAGUCAAGAAAAGUUAACUGAUGUAUCAUAUACAAGCAGACCAGAAAAAUAUUUGAGCGGAGUAUCAUGCUGUGAAUUUAUAAAAGAAAUUCAUGAAGCUUCAAGGGAUCAAAGGGGUACAAUGACAAUCCCAUUCAUGGAGGAUGGUAUGAAGCUUGACUCUGUGGUAGAAAGUAGUGAUAAAAUUGAAAAUGAAAAGGAAUGUAUAUCUGAGGACUGUCAAUCAUCAAUUGAGAUCAUCUCGCUGAACUCAGUUGGAAACAGUGGAGAGGAGAUGCUAAUUCAACUCAAUAGUGGCUUAUCAGCAGAAUCAAAUGGGAUAUUAUUUGACUGGAAUCUUGAUGCAAGUAAAACUGAGACUGCUACUGAAAACGGAGCAGAGACUGUUCAACAAAGUGAUAAGAUGAAACUUGAGGAAACUUGUGUGCUGGUUUAUGAAAAUGAACUAAGUUUUCCUCCUCAACCAGAACAUAAAUGGAGGCCUUACAAGAAGAAAAUUCGUGAAGCUCUAUAUUCUAGAAUGAGGUCAUCAAGAAAGCAGGAGUAUAAAAAGCUUGCCUUGCAGUAUGAGGAUGACAAAAGAUUGAGUCAAGAAUCUCGAGAGGCUUUAACAGCAACGAUGAAUGCAGGGACGAAUAUAUUACCACGGCGUGAUUCUUGUGAAUCUGAAUGGGAACUUCUUUAGAUUUACCAUGUGUAAAUAAUAUUUCUACCUUGCUUUGCUGGACACUAGCAUUGAGAGCCAUAUUUUGGCAUCCUGCUUAAUAUAUAGUAAACAGGGCAAAGCUCCCUAAAAUGGUAAAUAAAUUUUAGCAACUAAGACUCCUAUGAUCGAGAGUGUUUGCUAGUUCCAUUUACUGUAGGAACCUGAUAAAAAACUACUCUAGUGUCUACCCUGUUUUCGACUUUGUUGACUCAACCUUAUUAUGUUGUGUAAGUACUUUCGUUUGCUGGUC